AUGCUGACAGCAGAGACUACAACAGAACUAACUACAGAAGAAGCUAGUACCACAGAAACAACUACAGCUACAUCAGUGUUAAUAACAAUGACACCUGGAACUACCACAGAGCUCAGUAUGGAAGAAACAACUACAGAAUUAGCAACUACUACGGUGCCAACAGAGACUGCCACAGAAUUAACUCCCAAAGAAAGUAGCACAAUAGAAACAACUACACCAUUACUAUCGAUGACAGCAGAAACUACCACCAGGCAACCUACAGGAGAAAUCAGCACAACUGAAACAACAAUUACAGAGAUACCAUCUACAACAGUACUGACAAUAACGACAACACAGGGUACAACAGGACUGACUACAGAAGAAACUGGUAGUGUAACACAAACUACAACUACAUCAAUUCCAACAAAAAUUACAACAGAGACUACCACACAGAUCAGUACGGAUACAACAACUACAGAUGGAACAACUGCAACAAUGACAACACAGACCACCACAGAUUUAACUGCUGGAGGAAGUAGUACAACAGAAACAACAACUAUGAAUUUAGUAACUACAACAAUGCCAGUGACAACAACAGAGAGUACCACAACAUUAAAUGCUGAAGAAACCAGUACAACUGAAACAACAAUAACAUCACUGACAACAACAAUGACAACAGAGGCUACCACAGGGCAACCUACAGAAGAAACCAGCACAGCCAAAGCAAGCACUACCGAAUUACCAACUACAACAGAGCUGACAACAAAGGUAACAGAGACGAGUACAGAACUGACUACAGAAGAUACCACUCCAACAGAAACAGCAACGACAUCAGUGCACACAAUUACAACUGAAGGUACCACAGAGAUGACAGUGGAACUAACAACCACGCAACUACCAACUACUACAAUACCUACAAUGGCAACACAGUCUACAACAGAAUUUAGUACACAAGCAAGCAGUACAACAGAAUCAACAACUUCAAAUUUAGUAAGUACAACAAUGCCAAUGACGACAACAGAGAUUACAACAGAAUUAACUGCAGAAGAAACCAGUACAACGGAAACAACAACUUCACUGUCAACAACAGCCAAGGCAACCGCUGGCCUAACCACAGGAGAAACCAGUACAACCAAAACAACAACUACAGAACUACCAACUUCAACAGUGCUGACAACAGAAACUACAGAUGAGCUAAGCAGGGAAACAACGACUACAGAAUUAAUAACUUCAUCUAUGCCGCCAGAGACUACAACAGAGAUAAGUAUGGAAAUAACAACUUCAGAAUUACCAACUUCAACAAUUCUGGCAACUUCGACAACAGAGAUUACACCAGCACUGACUACAGAAAAUAUCAGUACAGCAGAAACAACAGCUACAGCAGUGGUGACAACAAUGGCAACCGACACUCCCACAGAGCUAAAUACGGAAGAAACAACUACAGAAUUAGCAACUACUACAGUGCUAACAGAGACUACCACAGAAUUAAGUACUGAAGAAAGCAGCACAACAGAAACAACGAUACAGUUGUCAACAACAACAGCAGAAACUACCACAAGGCAACCUGCAGGAGAAAUCAGCACAACUGAAACAACAAUUACAGAGAUACCAUCUACAACAGUACUGACAAUAACGACAACACAGGGUACAACAGAACUGACUACAGAAGAAACUGGUAGUGUAACACAAACUACAACUACAUCAAUUCCAACAAAAAUUACAACAGAGACUACCACACAGAUCAGUACGGAUACAACAACUACAGAUGGAACAACUGCAACAAUGACAACACAGACCACCACAGAUUUAACUGCUGGAGGAAGUAGUACAACAGAAACAACAACUAUGAAUUUAGUAACUACAACAAUGCCAGUGACAACAACAGAGAGUACCACAACAUUAAAUGCUGAAGAAACCAGUACAACUGAAACAACAAUAACAUCACUGACAACAACAAUGACAACAGAGGCUACCACAGGGCAACCUACAGAAGAAACCAGCACAGCCAAAGCAAGCACUACCGAAUUACCAACUACAACAGAGCUGACAACAAAGGUAACAGAGACGAGUACAGAACUGACUACAGAAGAUACCACUCCAACAGAAACAGCAACGACAUCAGUGCACACAAUUACAACUGAAGGUACCACAGAGAUGACAGUGGAACUAACAACCACGCAACUACCAACUACUACAAUACCUACAAUGGCAACACAGUCUACAACAGAAUUUAGUACACAAGCAAGCAGUACAACAGAAUCAACAACUUCAAAUUUAGUAAGUACAACAAUGCCAAUGACGACAACAGAGAUUACAACAGAAUUAACUGCAGAAGAAACCAGUACAACGGAAACAACAACUACAUUGUCAACAACAACCAAGGCAACCACUGGCCUAACCACAGGAGAAACCAGUACAACCAAAACAACAACUACAGAACUACCAACUUCAACAGUGCUGACAACAGAAACUACAGCAGAGCUAAGCAGGGAAACAACGACUACAGAAUUAACAACUUCAUCUAUGCUGCCAGAGACUACAACAGAGAUAAGUAUGGAAAUAACAACUUCAGAAUUACCAACUUCAACUAUUCUGGCAACUUCGACAACAGAGAUUACACCAGCACUGACUACAGAAAAUAUCAGUACAGCAGAAACAACAGCUACAGCAGUGGUGACAACAAUGGCAACCGACACUCCCACAGAGCUAAAUACGGAAGAAACAACUACAGAAUUAGCAACUACUACAGUGCUAACAGAGACUACCACAGAAUUAAGUACUGAAGAAAGCAGCACAACAGAAACAACGAUACAGUUGUCAACAACAACAGCAGAAACUACCACAAGGCAACCUGCAGGAGAAAUCAGCACAACUGAAACAACAAUUACAGAGAUACCAUCUACAACAGUACUGACAAUAACGACAACACAGGGUACAACAGGACUGACUACAGAAGAAACUGGUAGUGUAACACAAACUACAACUACAUCAAUUCCAACAAAAAUUACAACAGAGACUACCACACAGAUCAGUACGGAUACAACAACUACAGAUGGUACAACUGCAACAAUGACAACACAGACUACCACAGAUUUAACUGCUGGAGGAAGUAGUACAACAGAAACAACAACUAUGAAUUUAGUAACUACAACAAUGCCAGUGACAACAACAGAGAGUACCACAACAUUAAAUGCUGAAGAAACCAGUACAACUGAAACAACAAUAACAUCACUGACAACAACAAUGACAACAGAGGCUACCACAGGGCAACCUACAGAAGAAACCAGCACAGCCAAAGCAAGCACUACCGAAUUACCAACUACAACAGAGCUGACAACAAAGGUAACAGAGACGAGUACAGAACUGACUACAGAAGAUACCACUCCAACAGAAACAGCAACGACAUCAGUGCACACAAUUACAACUGAAGGUACCACAGAGAUGACAGUGGAACUAACAACCACGCAACUACCAACUACUACAAUACCUACAAUGGCAACACAGUCUACAACAGAAUUUAGUACACAAGCAAGCAGUACAACAGAAUCAACAACUUCAAAUUUAGUAAGUACAACAAUGCCAAUGACGACAACAGAGAUUACCACAGAAUUAACUGCAGAAGAAACCAGUACAACGGAAACAACAACUUCACUGUCAACAACAGCCAAGGCAACCGCUGGCCUAACCACAGGAGAAACCAGUACAACCAAAACAACAACUACAGAACUACCAACUUCAACAGUGCUGACAACAGAAACUACAGAUGAGCUAAGCAGGGAAACAACGACUACAGAAUUAAUAACUUCAUCUAUGCCGCCAGAGACUACAACAGAGAUAAGUAUGGAAAUAACAACUUCAGAAUUACCAACUUCAACAAUUCUGGCAACUUCGACAACAGAGAUUACACCAGCACUGACUACAGAAAAUAUCAGUACAGCAGAAACAACAGCUACAGCAGUGGUGACAACAAUGGCAACCGACACUCCCACAGAGCUAAAUACGGAAGAAACAACUACAGAAUUAGCAACUACUACAGUGCUAACAGAGACUACCACAGAAUUAAGUACUGAAGAAAGCAGCACAACAGAAACAACGAUACAGUUGUCAACAACAACAGCAGAAACUACCACAAGGCAACCUGCAGGAGAAAUCAGCACAACUGAAACAACAAUUACAGAGAUACCAUCUACAACAGUACUGACAAUAACGACAACACAGGGUACAACAGGACUGACUACAGAAGAAACUGGUAGUGUAACACAAACUACAACUACAUCAAUUCCAACAAAAAUUACAACAGAGACUACCACACAGAUCAGUACGGAUACAACAACUACAGAUGGUACAACUGCAACAAUGACAACACAGACCACCACAGAUUUAACUGCUGGAGGAAGUAGUACAACAGAAACAACAACUAUGAAUUUAGUAACUACAACAAUGCCAGUGACAACAACAGAGAGUACCACAACAUUAAAUGCUGAAGAAACCAGUACAACUGAAACAACAAUAACAUCACUGACAACAACAAUGACAACAGAGGCUACCACAGGGCAACCUACAGAAGAAACCAGCACAGCCAAAUCAAGCACUACCGAAUUACCAACUACAACAGAGCUGACAACAAAGGUAACAGAGACGAGUACAGAACUGACUACAGAAGAUACCACUCCAACAGAAACAGCAACGACAUCAGUGCACACAAUUACAACUGAAGGUACCACAGAUAUGACAGUGGAACUAACAACCACGCAACUACCAACUACUACAAUACCUACAAUGGCAACACAGUCUACAACAGAAUUUAGUACACAAGCAAGCAGGACAACAGAAUCAACAACUUCAAAUUUAGUAAGUACAACAAUGCCAAUGACGACAACAGAGAUUACCACAGAAUUAACUGCAGAAGAAACCAGUACAACAGAAACAACAACUUCACUGUCAACAACAGCCAAGGCAACCGCUGGCCUAACCACAGGAGAAACCAGUACAACCAAAACAACAACUACAGAACUACCAACUUCAACAGUGCUGACAACAGAGACUACAGCAGAGCUAAGCAGGGAAACAACGACUACAGAAUUAACAACUUCAUCUAUACCGCCAGAGACUACAACAGAGAUAAGUAUGGAAAUAACAACUUCAGAAUUACCAACUUCAACAAUGCUGGCAACUUCGACAACAGAGAUUACACCAGCACUGACUACAGGAAAUAUCAGUACAGCAGAAACAACAGCUACAGCAAUGGUAACAACAAUGGGAACCGACACUCCCACGGAGCUAAAUACGGAAAAAACAACUACAGAAUUAGCAACUACUACAGUUCCAACAGAGACUACCACAGAAUUAAGUACUGAAGAAAGCAGCACAACAGAAACAUCAACUAUGGAAGUAGUAACUAAAACCAUGCCAACAAGAACAACAGCGGAGAAUACCACCGAAUUAAGUACUGAAGAAAGCAGCACAGCUGAUGCAACUACACCAUUGCCAACAACAACAGCAGAAACUACAACAAAACAACCUACAGGAGAAAUCAGCACACCUGAAACAACAGUUACAGAGUUACCAACUACAACAGUGCUGACAAUAACGUCAACAGGAUCCGCAACAGAACUUACUACAGAAGCAAACAGUAGUAUAACAGAAGCAACAGCUACAUCAGUACCAACAGAAAUGACAACAGAUAGUACCUCAGAGAUAAUUAUGAAUACUACAACUACAGAAGUAAUAACUCCAACUAUCCCAACACAGACUACCACAGAUUUUACUGCUGAAGAAAGCAGUACAGCAGAAACAACAACAAUGAAGUUAGGAACUACAACAAUGCAAGUGACAACAACAGAGAGUACCACACCAUUAACUGCUGAAGAAACCAGUAUAACUGAAACAACAACAACAUCAUUGGUAACAACAAUGACUACAGAGACUACCACAGGACAACCUACCGGAGAAACCAGCACAGCCAUAGCAACUACUACAAAAUUACCAACUACAACAGAGCUGACAACAAAGGUAACAGAGAUGAGCGCAGAACUGAGUACAAAAGAUACCACUACAACAGAAACAGCAACUACAUCAGUUCAAACAAUUACAACUGAAGGUACCACAGAGCUGGCUAUGGAAAUAACAACUACACAGUUAACAACUACAUCAAUACCUACAAUGGGAACACAGUCUACAACUGAACACAAUACACAAGCAACUAGUGCAGCAGAGUUAACAACUUCAAAUUUAGUAAGUACAGCAAUGACAACGACAACAGCAGAGAUUACCACAAAAUUAACUGCAGAAGAUACCAGUACAACGGAAACAACAAAUUCAUUGCCAGCAACAACAGCCGAGACAACCACAAACAUAGCUACGGGAGAAACCAGUACAACCGAAAGAAUAACAGGAUUACCAUCUGAAACAGUGCUGACAACAACAAAAAUAGAAUCUACCACAGAAUUAACAGCAGAUGAAAGCAGUACAACAUUAACAACAACUACAUCAGUGCCAACAAUGAAAACAGAAGCUACCACAGAGCUUACCUCAGAAACAACAACUACAAAAUUAAGAACUUCUACAAUGGCAACAAUGAGUACUGAGACUACCACAGAUUCUCCCACAGAAGAAACCAGUAAAACUACUACAGAAUUGGAAAGUACAACAGUGCUACCAACAGAGACUUCUUCACAGUUAUAUACAGGAGAAAUCAGCACAACAGAGUUAAAAACUACAUCAAGGCCAACAACUAAGAAUACGAAUGAGCCAACUACGGUAGAAAGCAGUACAAUGGAAUUAACAACAAGGUUAACAACCAAGCAGACAACAACAAGGCUUCCAACUGCCGCUACAACCAGUAUGGCAACAUCAACUGCUCCAACAAAUGCUCCACCUACUGAAGCGCCAUUUACAUGUGAAUCAGCUGGAGAGUUUCAAGAUCUCGGGAACUGCAGCAAUUUUUACCUCUGCAUACCACUGUCAUCAGGGGACUUUGUGUACAUAAUGUUUUCAUGCCCAGAUGGGUCACAGUUUGAUUCUGUGACUAAGAAAUGUUCUCAGAAUGCAACGUGUAUUGCCCCAUCAUGUAAUGACUUUGGAUUCUACUGUCUGAGCACUUCACAAGUCCAGUUAUGUUAUGAUUCAAAACCACCAAGUGGUGAUGCUUUCACAUGUCCUGCAAACACAUACUGCAGUAUGGACUGUCAGUACCCAUGCUGGGCAGAUAUUCCUUGUACGACCACUGCAUCCCCCUCAACAUCAACAACAGUUUUACCUACAUCGACAGUGACGCUACCACCAACUACUACUACAGAACCGUUCGUUUGUUCAGAGACUGGACGGUUUCCUGAUCCUGCUAACUGCAGUCUUUAUUAUGUCUGCUCUCCCAAAUCUUCAGGUGGCUUCUACACGAUGCACUUUUCUUGUCCUCCACCAUUAUUGUAUAAUCCCAGCAUGCGACAAUGUUCUGACAGUUUUACAUGUACAGUGGCUACUGAAUCUCCCGCAAUGUCCACAACGUUACCACCAACCACUAUUGAGUCCUCCUCAGCGUCUACAACAGCUUUGGCAACAACGAUAGUUACACUGCCUCCAUCUACCGGCGAAUCUCCCUCAACAUCCACAACAGUUUCCCCAACAUCGACAGUGACGUUACCGCAAACUACUACUUCAGCACCAUUCGUCUGUUCAGAGGCUGGACGGUUUCCUGAUCCCGCUAACUGCAGUCUCUAUUAUAUCUGCUCUCCCAAGUCUUCAGGUGGCUUCUAUACACUGCAUUUCUCUUGUCCUCCAUCAUCGCUGUAUAAUCCUAGCACACAACGAUGUAUUAAUAAUUUUACAUGUUCUGUCACAGAGUUGGUUGAUAGCACUGUGCCAACAAUAGUCGCGUCAACAUCGCGUCCGUUUACUUGUGAAGUGUCUGGGCGUUUUGCUGAUCCAGAAGACUGCAAAUCAUACUAUAUAUGCUCGCCAAAAUCGUCUGGGGGAUUCUAUACAAUGCAUUACCAGUGUCCUCCAUCAACAGCUUACAAUCAAAAUACAAGCCAGUGUACCACAGCAUCGAGUGUUAACUGUGGAGCUGCUUAUUAAUGACACAUGAAAUGUUUUAUUGAUAUUGACUGUUAU